AAGCAAGAAGAUUCUUACCGUAUUGGCCCGAAGCUCGUCCACACGAGCAAGACCGCAGGCAAUUAGUUUCAGAAUUCAUGAGACAUCGUUGCCACUUCAUUGACCAUCCCUCACCGAUCUGUUCGCGUCAGAAUCCCCACGUCGCUGAUGAGUGUGCGACACUUUUUUCCUAGUAGUUCAGUCCUACAAGAAUCUUUCUUUCAUAUUCUUGUCACGCUUCGUCACUAGGCUAACGGCCACAACCUCACUCUGUUACCGCUCGCGUUUAUCCGUUUCCGUUGCUGGAAAAUAGUCAGGACCAGUAACCUACGUGGUGAGACUCUCACCAGACGAGCUAGCUAUAGUCCGGUGAAUUGGGACCUCAAAAGCAUUCGGGCAGUCAGAUGUUUCUCUGCAAGGAACCUGGAGAUCCCCGAUAGCCGCAGUCACGCGGUGCAUCAGCUAGCCGCUGCCGCGCGAUGUUUCCCUCCACUUCCCCCAUGACGGAGGACGCAGGGAUCACACCCAACGAGGAGUUUAAGUCCACGCAUACGUUACAUGGGUCCGUCGCCGCGGCGUUUGGAAUCCCGGAGGGUAACGAUAGACGAGGCGGGGCGGACAGUGAGAGCACCGCGGCGGCAACUGCAGAAGCGGCGUUUGGAGGUUCCAGGGAGCAUCUUUCCGAGGCAGCAGCGGCGGAGCAGAUUCCUUUCAGCAUGAAAGCGCCGGGAUUCGAUGCCAUGGAGCGGGUGGUGUCUUGGUCGGAUCUCAUAGCCAGUUUCAACGCCGUUAGGCCGGACGGACCAGAGGGGCCGCCCACGAACACCGGGCUCUCUGCGGCGGAGCAAGCGGCAGAUGCCUCAGGCCGGGUUGGACCCAAUGACGGUUCCGCAAAUGUCGCCGCCGCGACGGGAGUGCCAGCGGGAAUUGCGGAGGAGCAGGUGUGCGGGGAGUUUGGCUGGUGGGCGAACGGCGUUUGCCGCAUGGACGUUGCAACGGCUGCUGUGGCGGCCGAGCAGGAGACGCCGACAGAGACGCAGGGGACAGUCGCAGGUGGCGGUGGUACCGCUGUAGUUCCUGCGACCACGCAGUGUAGAAUCAGCCGCGACGGCGGAGGAACAGCGGGGGAGCUGCGAUGGUCAGCGGGGGAGCCUGCUGGGCACAGCGCAGCGGGCAGCCACAGCGCCAUUGCCGUCGCGCCCUCCACGCCCAGCCCCCCCACCCUCCCCGACCUCGCCUCUUCCACCACCACUGGCGGCACCGCCACUCCUUCCUCGCAGCGGUGCGCCGCGCCGUGGGGAAGGGCAGAGGGGAGGGCGAGAGAUCGGGAGGUUGGGGGAAGAGGCGGGGCGGGCGGAGGACGAGAGCGCGAGACGGCUGGGUGCGGCGUGGAAGACAGCGGAAGAGAAAGGGGAACGCGGGCAGGCGCGGAAGCACUAGUAGGAGUAGUUGGGGGGUUUAGGGAUGUUGCGCCUAAAGGCGCAGACGAUCCGUGCGCGAUGGAGACGGCGACGGGCGAAGUGCAAGGUCCCGGGGGAGAGGGGAGGGACGCGCGGAGCGCGGAGUGUAGGCGAGCGGGGUGGGGGAGCAGAGGCAGGGCAGGGGCGCAGGGGGAUGACGCGGACUUGGUGGAGCUGGCGCGGAGGGUGGGCGGCGGGGACAGCAGCGGGGGCGGCAGCGGCCUCGGCUUCACGCCGCAGGAUGCUGGGGCGAUAGGCUCGGGGGAUCGCGAUAGCGACGCGCGUCCGCACAUGCAGCAGGCGCUCGCAGCGGGGAAGGCUAGCUCGCUGGAAGAAGCAGAGGAGGGGACGGGGAUGGGCGAGAGGAAAGGGGAGGAGGGGGAGGAGGUGGAGGAGGAGGAGGAGGAGGAGGAGGAGGAGGAGGAGGAGGAGGAGGAGGAGCAGGAGGAGGAGGGGGGGAGGGAGUUUAGAGCGGAGAGCGGGGCGGAUGCGGACGUGGACUGCUUGGAAAUGGUGUGCGCCAUGCUGGGGCAAAGGAAACGCCUCAGGACGUCGCCCAUGGUCAUCGACUGCAGCACAGCAGGCGAGGCGGCGCCCACAUUCACGGUGCUGCACGCACGCGGUGCAUGUGCGGAUGAACAUGCCCUGGCGCGGCAAGAGCAGGCGGAGAAGGCGGAGCAGGCGGAGCAGAAGGAGCAGAGCGAGGUAGUGGACGGCCAGCCCCAUGCGCCGUUCCUGCCCGCGCCUGCUCUCCCCUCGCCGCCCACCCACACGCGCUUCUCUCCGCGCCUCGCCUACCCAUUCCCGCACGCCAUGCGCCCACUGAACCUCAAACUGCCGCCUCUCCACCACACCGCCCCCGCCCUACCCGCCUCGCGGUCCUCCUGCCGGCCGCCCUCGUCCCCAUCCGCCCCUCGUGUCGCCGGCCUCGCUCGAACCAUCUCUGCCUCCUUCCCCACCGCCGCCGCCGCCACCACCUCUUCCUCCCUCUCCCCGCGCUCCCUCUCGCACCACUUUCUUGGUUCUCACGUGCGUUCUCCUCACUCCCCCGCGCCCCCGCCCCACACACCAGCAGCGGCAAGGGCUCCUCCAGCAGGCGAUGGGGGCGAGGGCGAGAGCGGGCGGGCGCAGGCAGCGCUGCUGCCCAAGAAGCGGUCCCUGUCGUGGGCGGGGGGGGAGGUGAGAGGCGCGUGGGAGAUGGAGAGCACCACGGCCACAGCCCUCCGUGCGCACGAGCCUCUCACCCCCGCGCACCCUGCUGGAAUCAGCCGCAACGGCUCUCCUCCGCUUGCCACCCUUUCCAAUGGCAAUCCGCCUCCAGGUGUUGCAGCAGCGGGUGCGGCGCUUGAAAGCACCUGCGCUGUGGAUGUUGCUGGUGGGGCGCUGAAAACGGCUGGCAGCAGCAUGAAGAGUAGUGGCGAGGGGCAGCGCAGGGACGACGGCAGUAGCAGGCCUGCUCAGCUGUGGAGUAGAGGGCUGCAGCGCCUCGCAAGGCUGCAGCUGCAGCACCGCGUGCUGCUGAUGAAGCAGCAGCAGGCCGUGCAGCAGCGGCAAGGGGCGGAUGCGUGCAUGGACCGCACGCUGCAGCAGGCGCAGCCACAGCAGGAGACGAAGGUUCAGGUAGUGAGACAGGAAUCACAGACAGGGGUGCAGCAGGAGGUGAAUGGUGAUGCGGCGAAUGAGGCAAAACGGAAGGAGCGCUUGGAGCUAGCUCUUCAGAUCAAACAGGCGUGGACGGAGCAGCAGCACCAGCAGCAGGCAGGGUACAGAGCACAGGUGGUAAGCAGCAGUGAUGCUUUGGGGUUGGGUGCUGCUGCAACCCCUGCUGCUGACCCACACGCCUUCAUUCCCACUCUCGCUCAAGCCACUCCCAUGGAGCAGCAAGUCGGGGCGAAUGGAGAGUGGGAGUCACUGGUGGAGAGCAUGCUGCUGCGCCACAAAAGCACCCAACGGACCAGCACCUCUAAUCUGCCGUUUGCCGCGGGGGCAAGGAGGGCCAUUCUGAACGCGGUGCUGUACGGUACAGGCUAUGCAGGGCGCGCAGCAUUGGGAAUGGAGCAGCAUGGCAUGGUGCCUGGGACUCUACCGGCAGCCUCUGUAGCGGCAUGUGGCACGUCGGGUGUAGAUGGAGUGGUUGCUGCGCCAGGGGCGGCCACAUCUGCAGCAGCAGGUGUGAGGUCUCAAGCUGUUGCAGCCCUGGAAGCUCCGACCACGAACGGGGGGCGGCAAGGGGAGAGCACCGCCCAUGUGCCGCGCUUCCCCCCAAAACCCCUGUGCCUCGUCUCCCCUCGCUUCCACACUCCCUCCUCACAUUCCCCUCUCAUCUCCCCACUCUCCUACACGCCGAGAGGGAGGCCGGGCAGCGGUGGGUGGGGCGGCAGUGGGGGCGACGGAGAGGGAGGAAGGCAUGGGCGGUGGGAGGUGGAGCGGACAGGGGGGUCGCCUGGGGACGCAGCAAGGCAGGCGAAGAUGGCGGUGGCGGCUCAGCAGGACAGGCUGCACGGGGGGGGUCCACACGGGGACGGCGACAGAGGGAGGUCCGGCGCGUGGCCCGGGUGGCAGGGCGCUGGGGCACAGGGAGCGAGGCGCGGGAAAGCAGGACAAUUCACUGGGCAGCGCUGUGAGUGGUGGUGGCGAGGGGGGGAGAGGCGUGGUGACGGAGGGCAGAGAGGGUGCGUGGGGAGAGACACUGGGCUCAGGGGAAGCUGUGGUGGGUGCUAUGGCGUGCUCUGGUCGUGUGCGGAGUGCUCCACUGAGCCGGCAGAGCAGCUGGGGCUGUAGUGGCGGCAGAGCUAGCGCUGCUGUGAUCGGAUCUUCUCCCUCUCCCAAGGAAGCCCAUGCCGGCUUCGACCCCUUCCCCGUGCGCCACGCGUUACGCCAUUCUGCUACUGCAGGUGCCGCUGGCAUUCAGGGCGGCAGGGUGCUGGCUCGAGUGCAGUCGCUGGCAGCAGGGGGGGGAGCAGCAGAGGCAGCAAGCACGGCAGUCAAGGCAGGGC